AUGGCCACUCCAGUCCUACUUUCGAGAAGAGCGAACGGCGCCACGGCCACCCAGACCAACGAUGAGUCUAAGGCACCCAAGGCGAAGCCGCCUCCUCAAGGCGAGAAGAUAGUCAUCCGUCGCUUGCCCCCAGGGAUGACGGAGGAUGAGUUUCUGAAGAUCUUGGGCGACGAGUGGAAGCCGGGAAACGGUAAAGUCGACUGGCUCACCUUCUGGCCAGGCAAGGUCUCGCAGCAUCCAUCAAAACCAUCACGACCUGCACGUGCCUAUCUCCAUGUGAUUCAAAGGGACCUGUUGCCAGCACUGCUACAGACAGUGCAGGGGGCGAAAUGGGAGGAUGCUAAAGCAACGUGGGACGAUCCCGCUUUGAUCUCACCCCCUACUGUCGAAUUUGCGGUCUACAAAAAGAUCCCCGGCGACAAGAAGCGAGUAGAUAGCAAGCAAGGUACCAUCGACUCUGACCCCGAGUUCAUGGCCUUCCUCGAGGCUCUCGCGAAUCCAGAUGCUGUCAAGGAAACCCGUCCUGAGCUUGAGACAAGUGCCGAGGAGGCUGCCAAGAAUGCAGUGGUCACUACGACGCCGCUUAUCGAAUAUCUUAAGGAGAAGCGAGCGGCCAAAGCAAAGGAACUCGCUGCAGCGAAGAGCGCCGCCAAACAUGCUCGUCAGGAGUCGCAGAAUACAAAGGGCAAGGGCGCUGCUGCGGCGGAUGAUUCCAAGAAGAAGUCGAAGGAUGGGAGGGGCGACAGAGACAGAGACAGAGACAGAGAUCGUGACAGGGAUAGGGAUAGGGAUAGGGAUCGCGACAGAGAGUCGGAGAGGAAACCUAAAGAGUCGGUCAAGAUUCUCACAAAGAAGGCUGCGUCCGAGGCCGCGAACAAGAAAGCUGUUGCCGCUGCUGAAGCCGCUGCUGAGGCUGCCAAAGCAGCUGCCGCGCAACUCCAACAGGCUUCGCAGCAGAAUGAGAAGCCCAGUGCGACAGAGCCUCUGCCCAAGAAUCGCAAAGCUGGAAUCGCCAACGCGGCACGCAUCUUACAGCGCGAUCUUGGUCUUGCUCCAGCUAAAUCUGCUCGAAAGGCCCGCCAAGAAGCCGCUAAGUCCGAAGCAGAGAGCAAGUCGACUCCGUCACCGAAACAGGGCAAGGAGGUAUCCUCGAAGGAGGCGACGCCGGCCUCUCCAGCUCCGGCUGCGACACAUACCCCUCCAUCUGCUCAGCCCUCGUCAUCACCAACGCAUGAAAAAGGACCGUCGUCCACACCUGCAGGCAAAGGCCGCGGCAAGAAGCGCGGUGGUGGUCCUGGCGGGGGUGACGAUGACAACAAACCUAAGACGAACCCGAAGAAAGACAAUAAGGGGGAGAAGUCUAGCGAACAGGUACCACCAAAACCGACCAUGAUUCUCAAAAAGAACAAGGAUUCUCAGCAUCAACAGCAACAGAAUACUUCCCCAUCACAGGCUCAACCACAACACUCAACAAACCAACCUCAGCAGCAACAGCAGCAACGCCCUUCUACACAAGCCAACAAACCCCAAUCCCCGAACAACCCCAAAAAUACCGGCGGCGGGGGCGGCGGUGGUCAAAACCCAAAAAAGAACGAAAAACAGAAUCAAACAGCCAACCAGAAUGCCAACCCCCCCUCCCAGCAGUCAUCAACCCCAACUCCUGGCGCAACCCGCGCUUUCAUUAAGCACGCCCCCGCCUCGCAAGGCGUAACCGACGUUCUCCUGCGCGAAGCCCUCUCCGCCUUCGGCACCGUCACAUCAGUCGAGAUCGCCGACCGCAAGAAGGGCUUCGCCUAUGUCGAUUUUGCGGAGCCCUCCGGCCUAGCGAAAGCCAUGGCCGCAAGUCCGGUUGCUGUGGCGCAGGCGAUGGUGACGGUGUUGGAGAGGAGGGAGAUGGCGGGGAAGAAGGGUAAGGGGGAAAGGGAGAAAGAGGGGGGGAAGAAGGAUGGGCAGGGGCAUGGAAAGGACAAAGGGGAGAGGGAGAGGGAAAAGAAGGGGCGGGAUCAGAAGGGGGAGAAUAAUGAAGAGGAGAAGGAGAAGGAGAGGGAGAAGGAGAAGGAGAAAGAGAAGGAGAAAGAGAAGGAGAAAGAGAAGGAGAAAGAGAAGGAGAAAGAGAAGGAGAAGCAGAAGCAGAAGGAAAACAAAGCUGUUGUGGCUGCGGCGGGGGGGGAAGGCCAACAGCAGCAGGGUCAAGCUCAAGGACAGGGUCAGGGACAGCAUAAGCGCGGCGGUCGGCGUCGUGGUGGUAGGGGAAGAGAGAAGGAUGGUAAGGAGGGAGGUAAAGAAGGUGGUGGUGAGGGUAAGGAGUCUGGGGGUAGAGGUGGCAGCGGUCAUCAUGGUGGGAAAGAUGGGUCUGGGAAGAAAGGAGGUGCUGAGGGGGCUGCUGCUAAGGGAGCACCGGCUGAUAACAGUUCGUAG